GGCAGGCACCGCGCAACUUCUCCAGCACCAAGAAGCCGGAUCGCUCCAGGAAAGCCUGGCCCCUUCUUCGGCUUCUCCUCCUGGGCCAUGGCAAGGCAGCGGAGGGGGCUUUGACUCGAGUCCCUGGAAGAAGAAGGAGGAGGAGAAGAGGCAGGAGAAGGAGAAGCCCCUUGGUCGCCCCCAGGAGCAGCAGCCACGCCGCCUGCCCUCCGCGAUGUCUCUCUACUCCCUGCUCUCCGCCUGCACUUGCCUAUGUUUACAUGUCCUGCUGCUCUGCCUCCAGGUCCAGAUGUUUGUCGCUCAAGAAAAUGUGGAUUUUCGGAUACAUGUGGAAAACCAGACGCGAGCACGAGAUGAUGUAAGCAGGAAGCAGCUCAGGCUCUAUCAGCUGUACAGUAGGACAAGUGGGAAACAUAUUCAAGUGCUAGGGAGACGGAUCAGUGCCAAAGGAGAAGAUGGAGACAAAUAUGCCCAGCUUCUAGUGGAAACAGACACAUUUGGCAGUCAAGUCCGGAUCAAAGGGAAAGAGACAGACUUUUACCUUUGCAUGAACAGGAAAGGCAAGCUAGUAGGGAAGCCGGAUGGCACCAGCAAAGAGUGUGUCUUCAUUGAGAAAGUCCUAGAGAACAACUACACGGCGCUCAUGUCGGCAAAGUACUCAGGCUGGUAUGUUGGUUUCACCAAAAAGGGGAGGCCUCGGAAAGGGCCCAAGACACGGGAGAACCAGCAAGAUGUUCAUUUUAUGAAAAGAUACCCAAAGGGUCAAGUGGAUUUACAGAAACCUUUCAAGUAUACCACAGUGACCAAGAGGACUAGGAGAAUACGACCCACCAACCCCAGUUAAAAGACAAAGACAGUAUCAGGAGAAUAAACUACAAAAGAUAGACUGUACCAGAGAAAUAUUUUUACACUAAAAAUAAGGGAGAAGCUCUAUUUUUGUACAUUGUUUUUAAUUUUUUUUUUAAAAGACUGGAUUGAAAAAAAUCCACUGGGGAAGCUGUAAAAGAUUUAUUGUAACUUGAAGAAGACAAAGAAGAAGAAAUGAAUGGCUCUAUUUAAAUUGACUUUUUUUCAUGCUGUGGAUUGACAUACAGGUGCUUAUUUCUCUUUUUGGAAUGGACAACCUUUUGGAAUGGACAACUUUUCCAAGCCAAUCCCUAGAGGGGAAAAAGUUCAUCUGAAAAGAAUAAUAGAAAUAUUAAUAAAAACCAAAACCACAAACCAAAGAAAACCAAAAUUCUUUUCCCAAAGUCCCCCAAAACCUUUGGAUAAUUCUCUGGUGUUGCAGUGAUCUGUUCUAUUGUCUGCUGCAAGUCUGACCGAGACAAGUUGGUCUGCAAAUCCGUCAUUGAGCUUCCAUGGAGGGCUCAAUACCUCAGUCUUUUGUAACCUUUCCGACGACAUAAGGUGUCACACCUCUGUGAUCCUGCAUUAUGAUGCUCACUUCUGGAGAAUGCUGCUAAUGACCUUCAAGUGACUAAGUAAAAUAGCCUAAUAACACCAAUGAUAAGGGAAUAUUUUAAAACCAGCUCUAUUAUAUAUAUAAAUAUAUAUUAUAUAUAUAAGCUAUUUAUUUCACCUCUCUGUAUAUUGCAGUUCCAUGAACCAAGUAUUACUGCCUCAACAAUUAAAAAGAAAAUUAUUUAAAAACAUGAACAUGUAUUACUGCUGUGCACACAUUUCCCAUCUCCCCCAGUUUUUCACCUAACUACACUGAGACCUUAAAACUUGCUGCCUGGGGUUGAGUUUAAAAAGAAUUUAGAUAUCUGUAUGGAAAUUCAAAAAUGUUAUUAUAUCAAAUGUGCCAGGAAUUUAAUAAUUUCAACUCCUCCUGGAAUGCAUCAUGAUUUCAUCUCUCCCCCCCAUGUUGUAAUGUUGACUUCCUGCAAAAUGUUCUGCCUUGUUUAAGUACAGGGGGAGGUUUCAAAAUGCAGCAUGAAAAGGAUUUUGUUUUUGUUUUUCUGUUUUGCUCUUUUACAUCCAUCUUGUUCUGCUGGGACCAAGUUGCACUGGGUGCAAUGUCAUAUUACCUGUUUGAUGGGGAGAAGCGGGAAACAUUCAGUGUUGCUCACAUAAUGCUCCCAGUGUAUCAUCUCUCAAUGACAGCAGCUGACCUAGGCUCAGAGCUUGGAAAAAUUAACUUUUUUUCCAAUACAACCCCCACCCUCCAGCCAGUUUGGGCAUACGGAUUCUCAGAGUUGUAGUCCCAAAAUUAAUGAAUGAAUGAGUUGUUUAAUCAAUCCAAACUCUGCCUUGGGUGUGUUCCUGAUUAGAUAGUGCUUAAUGAGUCCUCUGUCUGAUAUGGAUUAGAUUGGGAAGAACUUGUGAUGCAGCUAUGUCAUCUUAGACCCUGGAUUUCAUGCUCCUGACCCUCUCUCCAACAUGCACUUUUAGACACUUGGAGUGUACUGCUUCAGAACAAACAUUUCUCUUCCCCUGCCGAAACCGCAAUUCCAUGAUUCUUGAUAUAUUAGAACAGUGGUUCUCAACUUUGGUCCUCUGGAGACUUUGGACUUCAUCACCCAGAAGCUCCACCCAACUCGGCCAACAGUCAGGAAUUCUGGGGGCUGAAAUCCAAAGCAUCUGGAAGACCACAGUUUGGGGACUACUGUGUUAGAAUAAUCAAACAAAAGUUUGCUUGACAGUCUUUAUAAAGCAGAAAUAUUUUGAUUGUGUGCACUUCUGUAUUUGAAAUGCCCUUAAAUCAUGGCACCUUCUUGACAAGAGAAUCAAAUUGGAGUUUCCUUCUACUGCCCUGAUGUUUCAUGCAUUUGAUUGGAAGUUAGUCCUAUUUUGUUGUAGAAAAAGAGUAUAUUUUUAAAGGCAACACGUGAACUAAGAGAACCUAUUCUUAUGCACAUGCCCAGCCAGCUGCUGCCUAGUUACAAAAUGUUUUUAAAGCUAAGGGAAAAAAAGGCUAGUCCAUAGAGCAGCACACCACCACCACAGUGGGCCCUGGGAUACCAUGCUGGCCUUGGUACUGAUGGCAGGCCAGUCUGGCACUGCCCUCAAUAACCUGCAACUCUCUGGGUCAUUCUUUGUGGCCUCCUCUAAGCCACAGGGCCCUAGACUUUGGUUCCCAAAUCCCAACUCUAGCUGCACCACUUGCUAAAACUGCCAUUAAGAAGUGAUGACACUGCUGGAGCUUUAUGUGAAUGGUUCUACCAAGGAAAUGUGUGUAGGGUUUGUAUGCCGAUGGUUACCAUAUUUUGCUUGUGGCUGCCAGUUUUUUCCACCUCAGUUGGAUACACAUUUAUGUGGAUGUAAGCACCAGUGGGAAAAUAUCACUUGUGUUUUGAAAACAACAACUGUGUUUAGGACUGAAGUGAAAAUUCAUCAUAAGCAUCUCUGUAUAAUCCAUGUGUAAGCUAUAAAGGGGAGUGCACUGGAACCAGUCCUGUAGUUGGGACAUGGGCAAAGGGACCGCCAGUUGAAGUGACAAGGCAGCCUGGGCUCUUGUGCUGACCUUCAGAAGUUUAUGUACUUUGUUAAAAAUGCACUCUUAGUC